CUAUAAUGUAGCCUAUAGAAGACUUGUGUCUCUUGAGAAGAAUCUCCUGAAGAAUGACCAAAAGGCUAAAAUGUAUUGUGAUGCUGUGAAUGAGUAUGAGCAGAAAGAAUGGGCAGAAAAGAUUGAUGAACCCAAUGUGAAAACUAGUGGUUUCCCAGUUUAUUAUCUUCCACACCAUGGAGUUUAUAGACCGGACAAGCCCAGUACCCCAUUGACAGUUGUGUUUGAUCCGGCAUGUGUGUGUGAUGGUGUAUCGCUCAACUCAUAUCUGUAUAAGGGUCCAGGUCUCAUUGGGAACUUGCUGAGUGUUCUUCUGAGGUUUCGAGAGGACAGAGUUGCUAUAGUUGGAGACAUCUCCAAGAUGUAUCUUCAGAUCAGGUUGAGAGAGAGUGACACUCAUUUACACAGAUUCCUAUGGAGAGACUUAGAGGUGGAUAGAGAGCCGUCAGUGUACAGAUUGCUCAGAGUGGCUUUCGGUGAUAAGUCCUCUCCAGACAUGGCAAGUUAUGUAAUGCUUCGAAUUGCUGAAGAGAAUGAGGACAGAUAUCCUGAGGCAUCAGCAAUUUUGAGAGACGACAGGUAUAUGGACGAUCUGAUUCAUUCGUGUGAAACCCCAGGAAAGGCUACGAAGAAAAUCAAUGAGGUUAAUGCUGUGUUAGCCACUGGACAGUUUCAGAUCAAAAAGUGGUUUUGUUCUUCGCAGUUGGUUCGUGAACAGAGUAGAGAAAAUCAACCACAAGCGUCUUCGUCUGUCAGUCUUGAUGGUGAAGAAAUCAAGACCUUGGGUAUUCGAUGGAAUCCGGAUACUGAUAAUCUGAGUUUUGCAGUCAAGAAUCUGGUUGCAGAGAAAUACACUAAGAGACAAGUUUUAUCCAGAAUGUCAAUGUUGUACGACCCACUUGGACUAGCUUUAGCAAUCACUAUCAAAGCCAGAGUAGCUAUGCAGGAUAUCUGGCGUCAGAAAUCGUUGGUUUUGGAUGAUGAGUUACCCAAAGAAAUGUAUGUUCAGUGGUCGAAUCUGUUUCUGGAACUGCAAAGGUUGAGAGAUGUUCAGUUUCCACGCUGUUUGAAACCUCCUGAUUCCGUGAACACAACAACUCUACACGUCUUUGCAGACGCAAGCAUGAAAGCCUAUGGAGCUGCAGCAUAUCUCACAUGUGCAACAGAAAAUGAGACUUCAACACAGUUGAUUAUGGCAAAGGCUAGAGUUGCGCCAUUGCAUCAGACAACAAUACCGAGAUUGGAGCUUAUGGCGGCAUUGAUUGCUUCAAGGUUGGCCACAACAAUCAAAAGAGAAAUCAGACAGAAGCUGUCAGAUGUGAUAUUGUGGACAGACUCACAAAUUGUGCUUCAUUGGAUCAGAGCAGAAUCAAUAACAUUCAAAGCCUUUGUUGGUGUCCGCAUAGCCGAGAUACAAUCUCAGUGGAAUCAGACACACUGGAGAUAUGUGCCAACAUAUUGGAAUCCUGCAGAUGAUCUUAGCAGAGGAAUUUCUGUGGAGGAAUUGAAUGGUAGCUGGAUGAAUGGGCCAGAAUUCUUGAAGUUACCAGCUAAUGAGUGGCCAACCCAGCCAUGUGAUGCAGCAACUACUGAAUCCAGUGAGGAGAAAAGGAAGUGUCCAGCUAUUGCUGCUUGUGCACCAAUCAACCCUGUCAUAGAAGCAGAUAAGUUUUCAUCAUGGCAACGACUUCUGCGAGUUACAGCAUACUGCCUAAGGUUUGUCAGGAAACUCAAGGACAAGAUACAUAAGGUUUCACAACUAGGGGAUAAUGCUAUAACAGUGAGUUGUGAAGAGAUGAAAGCAGCUGAAUUGUAUUGGAUCAAGUGUGUCCAACGUGGAAUGAAUGAUUGGAAGAGUGACUUCUGUGAUCUAGCUCCCUUUGAGGAAAAGGGUAUUGUUCGAGUAGGAGGUAGACUCAGACAUUCUCCACUGCAGUAUGAUCAGAUUCAUCCAGUACUAUUGUCUCCAGGUCACCACGUAUGCAGAUUGAUAAUGUGUGAUGUUCAUGUUCAAAUGGGUCAUGCUGGUCCAGAGAGAACAUUGUGCGAGAGUAGGAGAUAUUUUUGGAUUGUGCGUGGGCGGAACCUAGCCAAGAGUAUUGUGAGAAAUUGUGUUGUGUGCAGGAAGUUACGUCAGCCUGGUCAUACCACUCUGAUGGCUGACUUGCCUCCAGAAAGAUUGCUUCCAUUCUCACCACCAUUCCAUGUAACAGGAGUUGAUCUCUUCGGACCAAUGUCAAUCAAGUAUGGUAGGAACAAAACCCAAAAGGUAUGGGGAGCAAUCUUUACGUGCGCGAAUGUGAGAGCGGUUCACUUAGAGAUAGUGGAUGGAUUGUCUACUCAGGCAUUUCUACAAGCAUUGCGUCGUUUUGUAUCAAAUCAUGGAUGGCCACACACAGUUAUUUCUGAUAAUGGCACAUCGUUUGUUGGAACCGAGAGAGAACUUCGUACCAUAUUCAUAGAAGGCAAACAACAAAUGAUGGACUUUGCAUUGCUGCACAGAAUCAAUUGGAAGUUCAUCACGCCUUUGAGCCCACACCAAGGUGGAAUCUAUGAAAGUUUGAUUAAACAAGUGAAAAGAUCUCUUAAGGUCAUCAUCGGUCAACAGAUUCUCAGCUGGAAUGAGUUAUCAACUGCAUUUGCAGAAGUGAAAGGUUUGCUGAACGCAAGACCAUCGUAUUAUACAGCACAGGAUCCUAAUGAUCCACAAGCCCUAACACCCAACCACUUCCUGUUAGGGAGAGCUUCCAUAAAUGUUCCACAAGGACCGUUCCAGGAGACAAAGAACCUGCAUAAAAGGUUUGAAUAUGUGCAGAUGCUGGUGAAACAGAUUUGGAAGAGGUUUCUACGAGAGUAUCUACCAACUCUCAUGCGUAGGAGCAAGUGGCGUACACAGGGGAGACAACUCCAGAUAGGAGAUAUUGUUCUGCUCAUGGACAACAAUGCACCAAGAGGAAAAUGGGACUUGGCAAGAAUCGUUGAUUUAUUUCCAGGAAAGGAUGGUAUAAUCAGAAAUGUCAGAGUUCGCACCAAGAACGGUGAAUACAACAGAUCAGUACAGAAAUGCUGUCUGAUCCUGGAAUAUUUCACAUAGACUGUUUUCAGAUGGCACUUGGUUGCCCCCGGAGGAUUUGGUUGAUGUGACAUUUGAAUCUGAAAUAACAUAAUUAAUUUCAUUUAUGCCAAGAAAGACAUAUUUUAGUUUGCCGGUUUGAUCAAGCCGUUUUGGUAUAUGAACUGUGCUUCAAAAUAAUGAUAACUCCCUGUUGUGUAUUGCGAGCUCCAGCGAUGAGCGUGAGUGACCCGCGAUGGUCAAAUGUGUGAGAAUUUCUGUGUGUUGCAGAGAGUUAGCGGCUGAGCACUAAUCUUCAGAACAUAUUUAAUGUUACGAAGGACUCAGCCAAUAAAGAGUGGUGAACACUA